AUGCUUGUAAAGGAUCAUCAGUUCACUGACCCGAAACUUCAUUGUCAAAAGUAUAAACAUCUUGGAAAGAGUAGUAGUGCUACAUUUCACAUUCCCUUAGAAAAGGGAAACAGCCCUGCAGCCAUUGCCGCCAACCUGGCCACCCAAAUAUUCCCGGGCGUGCAGAGCCCCGCGCCCCAGGCGCCCUGUUGCCCUCGCCCGGAGGCAGGUGCGUCCUGGCGUGGGCGCCGCAGUGUUUGCGCCUGCGGGUGGCGGCGGCGGCGCGUGCUCCAGCAGCAUCUCGGGCAGGCUCCGCCGGAGCGGGAAAUGGGCUAUUCAAUUUCAACGCCGCGCUUCGAGACGAAAAGACUAUUUGGCGACAUCACUAAAGAGCGCUACACCAGCCAAUUACGAGAUCAAGCCAAUAAAGAUCAUGCUUGA